GCCGUCCCCGAAGAGUCCGCAAUGUGAGCCUUUUAACCGAGGAUUAUGAAAAACGGUCUCCCAUGCUAUAACAGCCCCUUGACGGUUUCAGUCUUACCAGAGCCAGUGGCCGAUAACACUGCUCUACAGUCAAAUUCACAAUUUCAGCUUUCGGCACUGCAAGCCGAGAGGCUCAAUUCCUCCACACUAUCCAGCAACGUGGAUGAUAAUCUUGCAUCCAGCACCGUCAUUAUACCAAUGGCCACUGGUAUAUAUGAAGCGCGGCCAGUGGUCUUCGAUGCGGACCCAUCUGACAUUCCGUUUACAACCAUCGGGAGGCAAUCGAUUUAUCCUGCGUCAUCUGGUGGCUUGGGCGAUGUCUGGAAGUGCUCAAUGGGCAUCGAUCCUGCAACUUCUACUGAGGUUGCUGUAAAAACUAUCAGGAUAGCGGACAUACGCAAUGAACAAGCCAUUCAAAAAGCGACGAGGAGACUUCGCCGCGAAGUAAAUGUGUGGAUUAAACUGAGACAUAAGCAUGUUCUUACUCUUCACGGCACGGUCUCCGGAUUUGGUCAAUUGCCUGCUCUUGUUUCUACAUGGAUGGAUAACGGGGCACUUCAUGGCUACCUGGAGCGCACAAGCCUCACCAUGGAACAGAAACUCAAGCUGCUGAAACAGGUGGUGGAUGGCCUGAGAUAUCUUCACGGACAGGGAAUAAUUCAUGGGGACAUGACCAGCACAAAUGUUUUGAUUGACCGUGAUGGCAACGCAUUCUUGGCAGAUUUCGGUCUCUCUGUGGCUCUCGCUGAGGGCGACAGAUCCUACUACAACUCGUAUUCGAGCGGCGCUGUCCGGUGGUUAGCGCCCGAAUUGAUGGGCUCACCGGAACCAGAAAACACCGCAGAUAUCCGUGACAGCGAGGACGACUUCCAGAAACCGAACAUUCAAAGUGAUAUGUUUUCGCUCGGUUGCAUCAUGCUACAGGUCUUCUCGGGUAGACUUCCCUUCUGGUGGAUUAAACAUGUUCAACAGGUAUUCCAUGCUCAGUUCAAGCGCACAGAGCCAUAUCGACUGGACUCCAAUGUGUCCGUUGGCCACCAGCAUUUGGAUUUCAUGCGGAAAUGUUGGUCAGCCAAGCCUGAAGUCCGUCCUUCCACUGGGGAUGCCGCAUCCUUUGUGGAAGACGAGCUGGCAAAGGUUCCCUCUCUCCCGUCCGACUAGAUGGGGCUUGAAACAUCUUGAUUAACGUGCUACUCAGUGUCGGGACCUCAUUAUAUUACUGAGUACAGUACACAUAGCU